AUGGAUCUGUAUGACCUUUCCUUCCCUCUCCCCUCCACUGAUGACCUCUAUGAUGACUCCUGCUUCAGCAGCGGGGACAUGAACUUUUUUGACGACGCGGAAGGCAAACUCAGCAACGUCAGGGAGCUGAAGUCAGCGGACCAUCUCAGUUAUCAAUACCACCAUCAAGUCCCAGUGGCGGGCGAGGACGACGCGCAUGUGAGGGCCCCAGGGGGCCUCCACCAGGCAGGGAACUGUCUACUCUGGGCCUGUAAAGCCUGCAAGAAGAAGACAACACAUGCAGACAGGAGGAAGGCGGCAACUAUGAGGGAGAGGCGACGUCUGAGCAAGGUGAAUGAUGCCUUUGAGACCCUGAAACGCUGCACCUCCGCCAACCCCAACCAGAGGCUACCCAAGGUGGAGAUCCUAAGAAAUGCAAUCCACUACAUCGAGUCUCUGCAGGCGCUGCUGAGGUCAAAUAGGGAUGACAGCUUCUUCCCAGCGCUUGAACACUUUGCCGGAGACACGGACGCCUCCAGCCCGCACUCCAGCUGCUCUGAUGGCGUGGUGGAUUUCUUCUCUCCAUGCGCCACCAGAAGCGAAAACCAUGACGCUCUCUACUGCGGUCAGACAGCAGACGAUUUAAACAAGAGCACACCAUCACUCCUUUCUAGUUUGGACUGUUUAUCCAGCAUUGUGGAGCGCAUUAACAUGGACCAGGUUGUGGCCUGCCUGGGGGACAGCGUGGUGCCCCGUGGGCCGGGAUCCCCGCAGAACAGCCCUGCAAGCUGUGGACUUUUUGAAGAACCCAACAGCAUUUAUGAGCCUCUCUGA